UUUGUAUUAAUAUCUGUAUGAAUCUAACUUAUUCAUUCCCCACUGACCACAGCAGAGAUGCGCUUCCUGGAGACACUGAGCUUUUUCUUUCUUUUGCUUUCGCUGACUGAGGCACAACAAGCUCAAGGAAACUGUGACAUAACAUCCAUUACCUCGCCUUCAGCUUCAAACCUGUACAUAAAAUGGACCAGCUUCCCCGGGGCCACCAACUACGCUUUGGACUUACGGGUGGUUAAUAACCCCGCGAUCAGCCCCGUCACGUUGGACUUAACGGCGACCACCACGGAGAGACUGGUGCAGGGAUUACGGCCUGGCAGCCAGUACCAAGUCACGUUUAAAGUCUACCAGUUUUAUUAUGUGCUGUGUAUCAGCUACAAGCUAGCGCUGACAGUUCCCGCAGCCUCGCAGCUAACGUUCGCCCGGGCCGCGUCGAGUACGUCCGCGUCCUUUCAGUGGACCAACGUGUCGGGAGCGGACAGCUACGUGCUGAUGGUGGAGGGGACCUUUCACUCGGAGCACCGCAACCUCACCUUCUCCGUGCUCAGCGGAGACAUGCCCGGCCUCCAGCCCGCCAGCACCUACAGCUGCUACGUCUACUCCUCCAACGCCGCCGGGCUGGGCACCAAGAGCAACGUCAAAACCAUCAACACACUGGUUCCGCCUCCAGCUUCCGUAACCGUGGCGAUGGUCAGUAACAGCGCGGUUCGGGUCACCUGGCCGAGCGUCUCAGGUGUGGUUCUGUAUCAGGUGUCGCUGGUGGAGAAUAACCGGAUCGGAGUCGCCCCCCUCGCCUGGAACACCUCUGCUCUCGCUCUGAACAUACCCAACCUCAAACCGUGCACCAACUACACCGUCAGAGUCUCCUCCAUGAACAUGUUCCUGCAGCCUGGAGAACCCGUCACUGCCUCCUACGCCAGCAGCCCCAUCACUUCCGUCACAUCUAUAUCUGCGGACUACAGCUGCAGUAAUGCUAUGGCCACUAUAAGCUGGGACUCUGUACCCGGAGCCACGUCGUACCGUGCGGUAGCCACCGCCAGGGACGGGACGACCCUGUCCUGCCAGACCGCCGGGACGUCCUGCCAGAUCAGCGCACUGGGAUGCGGUGAGCAGUACACGGUACGGAUCGCCAGCGUCGCCGAAUGCGAGAGCGUCUCCAACAUCAGCUACACGUUUGAGACAGCUCCCUGUCCUCCCAAGAACCCGGAGGUUUACCACGAGUGCUUAAGCAAUGUGGUCAUUUUCUCCUGGAAUGCCACCAACAACACGGCCUAUUACAUCGCCAUGUCUGUGGACGCGGACGGAGUGACGAGCGAGUGCCUGACUCUGUACAAUUCCUGUUACUUCACGCAGACGGAAUGCGGACGCAGCUACAACUUCACUGUGACCUCCGUGUACGCCGGAACCGACAGCUGCAGCAGCGGCUCCACUGCGCCAGUAACCAUUAGCACAGCCCCCUGUUUACCCCAGAGUGUUACCACCUCAGCAAUGGACUGUCUAUCAGACACAUUAAUCACCAGAUGGGACCCGGCCCCUGGAGCCCUCAGAUAUUUUGUGGAGGCUCACGGGAACCAUGAUGACUCCUACAACUGCACGUCCAAUGGCACAAGCUGUGCGAUGACCAAUGUGAAGUGUGGCCAGAGCCUGAGUGUGUGGAUCACAGCCUACAACAACAGGUGCGCCACCGACAUCAUGCUGGCAGAGGUGGCAGAAACAGUCCCUUGUGUUCCUCAGCAGGUUUCUGUGUCAGACACCUGUGGUUCCUUCUCGGUCACUCUCAGCUGGAUGACCAGCAACAACGCCUUCCUCUACACGGCCAAAGCUGUCCUUCCUGACAGUUCGAUCCGCUCCUGUUACACCAAGGACACGUGGUGUGAGAUCAAAGAUCUGCAGUGUGGACAAACAUACGAGGUCUUCGUCAUGUCAACCAACUUCAUCUGUAACAGCUCUGACAGCCAGCACUUCUAUGCUCAAACUGCUCCGUGUGCUCCGGUGAGUGUUCAGGCUCAGAUGGACUGUCAGCUGAACACGGCUACAGUGCACUGGCUGGGUCAGCAGGCCGGCGGCUCGUACACCGCCCUGCUGGCCGAUGGUGACGGAGGCGUGCUGAACUGCAGCACCAGCAGUAAUAACUGCAGCGUCCCCAACCUGCGCUGUGGACAGACCUACAACAUUACCGUCCUGCAGAACCUCACGCAGUGCAACAGCCUGCCGUCCACAUCCGUCAUGAUGCCGUCAGUGCCCUGUGCCCCACAGCAGGUGGUGGGCGUGGUGAACUGUUCGACAGGUGUGAUGUCAGUGGGGUGGAACAGUUCUGCAGGAGGUGUGAACUACACGGCUGCAGUGUGGUCCGGAUCAGGGGCUCAGGUCUACUGUAACACCUCUGAUACCCACUGUAACGUGGGACAGCUGGAUUGUGGGAAAGUCUACAGUGUGGCGGUUCUGGCUGCUCGAGGGACCUGCCAGUCUCCUCCCAGUCAACUCAUUACAGUGGAGCAAGUGCCGUGUGUCCCCACCGGCGUCUCGGUGUCUCGCGGAUGUGGUACGGGUUCUGUGGGCGUCUCCUGGUCCUCCACUGCCGGAGCUCAUAGCUACACUGCCCUCGCCGUGCGUUCAGACGGCCAGAGCUCACAGUGCACCAGUGCCGGCACCAACUGCAGCAUCGCUAACCUCACCUGUGGUCAGGUGUACAGUGUGGGGGUCGUGGCAUCCAGCAACAACAACUGCAGCAGCCAGAUAAGCCAGACUGUCCUUCUGUAUACCGAGCCCUGUACUCCCGCCGGUGUUUCUGCUCUGGUGAACUGCUCCUCCUCCACUGCCUCUCUGCUGUGGGCUCUCAGCCCUAACGCAGUCCACUACACCGGCACCCUGCGGAGCUCCGGCGACCUGAAGACCUGUAACGUCAGCGCUGCGGGUUGCCAGAUCAGCGGCCUGCUCUGCGGUCAGCACUACAACUUCACUGUGUCUGCCUCAGACGUGAGCUGUUCUAGCACUCCGUCUGCACCCAUACAGCUGGAUACAGCCCCCUGUGCCACCCAGAAUGUGUCCACCACUCUUGCGUGUGGCAGUAAUGCUCUGACAGUAAGCUGGAGUCUGGCUGCAGCGUCUCUGAGCUACGUUGCGUCCGCCGUGUGGAGCGGUGGCACCGCGCUCUCAUGCAGCUCGCAGGACACUAGCUGCAGCAUGCAAGGCCUGCAGUGCGGCCAGCGGUACAACGUCACAGUAACGGCGUCCAACGGGAACUGCAGCGGACCGGCGAGUCCUGUUACAACUGUACACACAGCCCCCUGCGUUCCUCAGAACGUGACCGGCCACGCCGCGUGUGGAUCAGGAUCCCUGGUGGCGUCCUGGACUGGGGCCCUGGGGGCCAGCAGCUACACUGCUACUGUAUCAGCUUCAGGCGGGGUCCCUCAGGUCUGUGUGACGUCCAACCUGUCGUGCGUGUUCAGCGGACUGCAGUGUGCCACCCUGUACAGUCUCAGUGUAGCAUCCCAAAACGAGAUCUGCAAUAGCUCCAGCAGUCCUGCCACCACCAUCAGGACAGGUCCCUGCGACCCCCAGAAUGUAACAGCCUCUCUACAGUGCAGCAGCGGCGCUGCCACAGUGACGUGGAGCGCCAGUGAUGGUGCGAGCGGGUACACAGUGCUGGCACAAACAGACGGGGGGCAAACACUCGCAGCUUCCUGCUCCACCAGCAGCACUUCCUGUCAGCUGACCUCUCUGACGUGUGGGAAGGCGUUUAAUAUCACAGUGCUGGCUGGGGAUGCAACUUGCAACACCACCUCCAAGCCCAGUACUGCAGUAGUCACAGCUCCCUGUAAGCCUGUGAACAUCUCUGUGGAUCAGCAGUGCAGCUCUAACUCGGCCGUGGUGCGCUGGGGGUCCUCUGAAACUGCUCUGAGCUAUAGCGUGACCGCUCUGGACUCGCUGGGGGGAAAUGUCACGUGCAGCUCUGUCAGCAGCAGCUGUGUACUAACCGGCCUGAGCUGCGGCCGCAAGUACAACGUUACUGUCGUCAGCCGCAACAGCCAGUGUGUGAGCGAAGUGAGCAGCUCCGUGGAGCUCAGCACAGCUCCGUGUAACACGACGGUGUUGUCCUUCACUGGGAACUGCAGCAGCAACAGUGGCAAGAUUUCCUGGGCCAGUGCCGCUGGUGCCACAGUCUACAACACCAGAGUGAUGGCAGGGAAUGUACAGGUCACUUCCUGUUCGACUGCUGACACUUCCUGUGUGGUAUCGUUGGGCUGUGGGCAGAGCUACUCGGCUGUGGUGGUGGCCUCUUCAGGCAUCUGCAACAGCUCUGAUUCCCCCAGCUUUCAGUUCCGCUCCGCCCCCUGUCUGCCACAGAAUGUAUCUGCAGCCCUGGACUGUGCCGCUAACCUGCUGACAGUGCAGUGGCAGGGUACGUCCACCACCGAUCUCUACACUGCAGUGGCCACCAGCAGCAGUGGUCAGCAAGCUUCCUGCAACAUCUCAUCCACUACAUCCUGCUCCAUCUCAGGCCUUCACUGCGGCCAGACCUACAACAUCAGUGUGGUCAGCUCUUCCAGCAACUGCAGCACCUUACAAGUCUCCGGCGGCCAGGUCCAAUCAGCUCCCUGUAAGCCUGUGAACAUCUCUGUGGAUCAGCAGUGCAGCUCUAACUCGGCCGUGGUGCGCUGGGGGUCCUCUGAAACUGCUCUGAGCUACAGCGUGACCGCUCUGGACUCACUGGGGGGAAAUGUCACGUGCAGCUCUGUCAGCAGCAGCUGUGUACUAACCGGCCUGAGCUGCGGCCGCAAGUACAACGUUACUGUCGUCAGCCGCAACAGCCAGUGUGUGAGCGAAGUGAGCAGCUCCGUGGAGCUCAGCACAGCUCCGUGUAACACGACGGUGUUGUCCUUCACUGGGAACUGCAGCAGCAACAGUGGCAAGAUUUCCUGGGCCAGUGCCGCUGGUGCCACAGUCUACAACACCAGAGUGAUGGCAGGGAAUGUACAGGUCACUUCCUGCUCGACUGCUGACACUUCCUGUGUGGUAUCGUUGGGCUGUGGGCAGAGCUACUCGGCUGUGGUGGUGGCCUCUUCAGGCAUCUGCAACAGCUCUGAUUCCCCCAGCUUUCAGUUCCGCUCCGCCCCCUGUCUGCCACAGAAUGUAUCUGCAGCCCUGGACUGUGCCGCUAACCUGCUGGCAGUGCAGUGGCAGGGUACGUCCACCACCGAUCUCUACACUGCAGUGGCCACCAGCAGCAGUGGUCAGCAAGCUUCCUGCAACAUCUCAUCCACUACAUCCUGCUCCAUCUCAGGCCUUCACUGCGGCCAGACCUACAACAUCAGUGUGGUCAGCUCUUCCAGCAACUGCAGCACCUUACAAGUCUCCGGCGGCCAGGUCCAAUCAGCUCCCUGUAAGCCUGUGAACAUCUCUGUGGAUCAGCAGUGCAGCUCUAACUCGGCCGUGGUGCGCUGGGGGUCCUCUGAAACUGCUCUGAGCUACAGCGUGACCGCUCUGGACUCGCUGGGGGGAAAUGUCACGUGCAGCUCUGUCAGCAGCAGCUGUGUACUAACCGGCCUGAGCUGCAGCCGCAAGUACAACGUUACUGUCGUCAGCCGCAACAGCCAGUGUGUGAGCGAAGUGAGCAGCUCCGUGGAGCUCAGCACAGCUCCCUGCUCUCCCACUCAUGUAUCGGCCAGUCUUAACUGCACGUCCAACUCCGUCUCUGUGUGGUGGGACACAGUACCGGGUGUCUCGUGGUAUUUCGUGAAUGCAGUGGGCAGCGGCGGCUACAACUCGUCCUGCAGCAGCUCCGGCCCACAGUGCUCCGUCACAGGCCUGCAGUGUGGUCAGGACUACAGCGUCACGGUCUCGGCUCAGAACAACGGCUGCUCCAGCCCUGCCAGCCAGAACAUCACACUCAGCGCAGCUCCCUGCCCCAGCACUAAUCUUCAGGCCUCACUGGACUGUAGCUCCAGUUCUGCACUUAUCUCCUGGACGCCUGGCAACGGGACACAGUAUUCCAACGUAACGAUUCAGACGCUCCAGCUGCCCCAGCUUCUCUUCUGCGGUUCUAACGGAUCGUCCUGUAACAUCAGCGCCCUGCCCUGUGGACAGAGCUACACAGUCACUGCUACAGGAUACAGACAGUCCUGCUCCACCCCCUCUAUUGCCUCAGUCUUACUGAACACAGCUCCCUGCGUUCCUCAGAAUGUGCAGUCCCAGCUACUCACCUGUCAGUCAGGUAACCUGAGCGUUUCCUGGCAGCCCAGCGCCGGAGCUCUGAGUUACCGUGCAGAAGCCGUGACGCUGCCGGGGCAUCUCCUCAGCUGCGACUCUAACAGCACGUCCUGCGUGAUCUCCGCCCUCAGCUGCGGACAGUCCUACGACGUCAGCGUGGUCGGCGUCGGUGACGGCUGCAACAGCUCGCACAGCACCGCUACGAUAGCUCGAGGAGCUCCCUGUCCCCCCAGCUCCGUCUCUGCUGUGGUCCACUGCACCAACAACACUGCAGCCGUGUCAUGGACCAGUCUGGGAUUUGUGGGUUCUGUGUACAUCGCUACAGCCGUCUCCAGCACAGGCUCCAUCACAGGAGCGCAGUGUAACAGCACAGGCUCCUGCUGUGCUCUCACAGGCCUGCAGUGUGGCACCCAGUACAACGUCACAGUCACCGCCACUAAAGACAACUGCACCAGUCUGCCCAGUGCUGCGUACUCCUUCACCACAGCCCCCUGUGAACCCUCUCUGGAUGGGGUGAGUCUGGACUGUGGCUCUGGUUCGGCGGUGGUGGUUUGGUCUGGAUCUGGACAGGCGGACCUGUACUCCGUCUCUGCGGUGGACGGGCAGGGUGAUCAGCUGGGCUGUAACAGCACUCAGACGCAGUCGUGCUCCGUGUCUGGACUUCGCUGUGGCCGGACGUACGCGUUCAGCGUGACAGCGCUGCGUGGACAGUGCACCAGCGCGGCCAGUAACACACUGCACACUCAGACUGCUGCCUGUCCUGCACAAGCGAUCCAGACUACAGUCGGCUGCCCGAACAGCACAGCCACGGUUUCCUGGUCUCCCGGCAGCGGGGCUGCGUCGUACACUGCGACGCUGCAGAGUUCAGACGGGAACGCGUACGCCUGCAACAGCACCGGCGCAAGCUGUGACAUCACUCACCUGCCCUGUGGACAGACGUAUUCGGUUACGGUGUCCGCAAAGGGUCAGAACUGCAGCGGUACUAACAGCACAGGAUCGCCUGUAAAAACAGCUCCAUGUGUCCCUCAGAUCCUCUCAGCCAGUGUGAACUGCAGCAGAAACACAGCAUCAGUUUCCUGGCUCAGCAGUCCCGGGGCGCUGGUUUACUUCGUUACGGCCAACAGCAGCAGCGGCCUGUCUGCUAACUGCACCUCAGUCAACACUUCCUGUGACCUUUUGACCCUGGCCUGUGGCGUAGCCUACACAGUGACAGUGAUGGCCAAGGACAACAACUGCUCCAGUGCCUGCAGCGCACCUGUCCAGCUUCAGACAGUGCCGUGUGUGCCGCAGAACCUUGUGCCGUUGGUCGACUGUGCGACAAACGGAGUAUCGGUUUCGUGGUCUCCAAGCCUGGGUGCCCACCUAUACAAAGUGACCCUGCAGGAUUCCAACGGCCUGUCUGGGACCUGCCAGUCCUCUGGGGGGCAGUGUAACGUUACAGGCCUCAGCUGUGGACGGGUGUACCAUGUCUCGCUCACGGCAUCUGAUAACCAGUGUACCAGCACUCCCAGCACCAGUACAGACUUCCAGUCAGUACCCUGCGCUGCAUCUUCCAUCUCGGCGGUGCUGAACUGCACCACUGAUACUGCGGUGGUGGCGUGGGGGGCGGGCGCAGGGUCUCAGGGCUACAGUGUCUCAGCAGUGGCGUCUCUGGGCCAAAUCACAGGCUGUAGCUCAAACAAUUCCAGCACUUCCUGUACGCUGAGUAAUCUGAAGUGUGGGGCGGCGUACGCGGUGAGCGUACAGACCCUCGGAGCCUCCUGCAACCGCAGCAGCACCAUGAGCGGUCAGCUGAUCACAGAGCCGUGCGUUCCGCAGAACCUCUCGGUGCAGUAUGACACCGUCGUUGGACUCCUGUUCUGGGACUUCACUCCGGGAGCUGACAGGUUCACCGCUCUGGCAAAAGCAAGCCAGGGCCCGAACGACGUGUGUCUCAACGUCACCGACACCUUCUGCACCCUCUCAAACACGGAGUGCGGACAGAUAUACAACAUCACUGUCACAGCCUACAACAGCGCCUGCAACGGAACCGGCACUGCCACCUCGCUCCCCUACUCACUACAGACAGAACCCUGUCCUCCUCAGAACGUCCGGACUGAACUGAACUGCUCCACCCACAAUGCCUCCGUCUCCUGGGACGCCAGCCUGGUCGCUGUGGGUUACGUGGUUUUCCUGCAGGGCAUGAAUGGCGACUUCCUGGUCUUUUCCACUCAGCAAACAAGCUUCAGUAUUCCUGGACUCAGCUGUGGGACGGUGUACACCACUUACGUACAGGCGCUGGGGCAGGUCUACAACAGCUCCUACAGCGAGUCGGUGAACCUGCUGUCAGCCCCCUGUUCUCCCGACAGCGCUGGUGUUGCAGUUCAGGUGGACUGCUCCACCGACUCCGCCCUCAUCUCCUGGCCCUUCAGCGCAGGGGCGGAUAAUUAUACGGCCAUGGUCCGGGGGUCCGGGGGCCAUCUCACCUCAUGCUCCACCCAGGACAAGCACUGCAACGUCACUGUGCAAUGCGGACAGACCUACAACCUCACCCUCACCUCCACCAACCAGCAGUGCCAGAUCCCCUCCAACACCAACACCACCUUCCGGUCCCGUCCGUGUGCUCCCACUGGGCUGGUGGUUGUCCCGGGAUCAGGCUGCGGUUCUGCUGCAGCUGUACUGAGCUGGAGCGCUGCAGACGCAGAGCAGUACCUGCUGAGGGGGUGGAGCAGAGACGGCCACGCCCUCUUUAUCAGCACCAACAAAACCACCGUCAAUCUGAACCACCUGCACUGCAGCCAGGAGUACAACUUCACCAUCACCGCCAGCACCCAGCAGUGCAACAGCACCCCCAGUGUACCUGCCCAGCUCCAGACAGGUCCCUGCUCCGCUGGAAACAUUUCAGCCGCUCUGGAUUGCAGCUCCAGCACUGCUGUGGUUUCCUGGCAGCCCAGUAACAACACGGCCCUUUACACGGCCACCCUGCAGGACUCCUCCGGACCCCCGCUGAGCUGUGUGGGAGUGGGCUCACAGUGCAGCAUCAGUGGGCUGAGCUGCGGGAAGAACUACAGCGUCACAGUGACCGUCACCAAUGAUCAGUGUAACUCCACCACAGUGCUGCCCUCAGGCCUGCAGACCGGGCCCUGUGCACCAGUCAACGUUUCAGUGCUGUCCUACUGUGCUAAUAACUCCGCUGUAGUGGUGUGGGAUCAGAGCACUGGUGCGACCUCCUACCACGUCUAUGCUAACAGUAGCAACAGCCAUGCUUCCUGCCAGAGCACAACACCCACCUGCACCCUCACCAACCUCACCUGUGGCUCCUCCUACUCCGUGCAAGUGGUUGCCGAGGGCAGCUGCACCAGUGCGCCCAGUCUGCCUGUGGUCCUUAAUACAGGACCCUGCCAGCCCCAAAACCUGUCCGUGGAUGUGCAGUGUGUGAACUCUACUGCAGUACUGUCCUGGGCGGGGCAAACUGGAGCUGUGGAGUAUUUCGCCACUGCCCAGUCAACCAAUUCCUCCACGCUCUACUGCCAGACCACCGGCACUUCCUGUUCCCUGGAGGGGCUGCAGUGCGGAUCCGAGUACAACUUCUCAGUGGUGACCUCAAACGGAGUCUGCAACAGCUCCGCCAGCAAACCCAUUACAGGAGGAGGAGUGCCAUGUCCCCCAGCCACCUUCCGGGUCGUCCAGAGUGUGCUGAUGGGUCUGGGUCAGCUGCUGAGAGCCUACUGGUCCACAGUAAACUGCCCUGACUCCCGCUACCUUCUGGAGGUUUCUGGCAGCAUUCAGGGGAGCGCCCAGUCGCUCUUCCAAAUGACCUCCUACUGGACGAGCCGCACGUUCUUUGAGACACCUGUUCCCUGUGGCUCCACCUACAGCGCCAGUGUGAGGGCUCAGAACUCGGCCGGCACCAGCGCGCCAUCAGCAGUCCUCACAGGAAUCUCAGUUCCCUGUCCUCCCCUGUCCGUCACCUUCACCGGCUCUAACGCCUCCGCUGUGGUGUCGUGGAACUCUUCGCUAUAUGCAAAUGUGUACCACGUGUACCAGGUGACUGGCGACAGCCGGGUACAACUGUGCAACACGACUGGGCUCUCCUGUGCAGUUACCAACGUCAACAGCAACCUGAUCGUGGUUACUGCUGGAAACACAGCCGGAGAAAGUGCAGGAACGUCAGAUGUGCACGUGGUCUCAGGAGGAGUUCGCAGGAGGAGAGAUGCGAAACAGACAAAGCUGUAUGAGCUGAACGGCCCAAAUGCAAAGUUCACCAUGGCGACGGCCGACUCUCUGUGGCUGGAAUGGAAUAAAGUGAAGGGCGCCGAGUUCUACUCGAUGCUGAUCCAGGAACAGUCCAGCUCAUCCAAACCCGUGAGCAUGACUGUAUACGGAGAGGCCUCCAUCAUCUCAGAUCUGAAACCAGCCACCACCUACUGCGUCUCGCUCUCCGCCGGGAGCGAGUCCACUGAAGGGCCCUUCUCAGAACCCGUGUGCGUCCGGACCGCGGCUCUGAGCUAAGGCUGGACCCCGCGCUCCCGUCACGUUUCUCAGGGGUGAGACUGCUGAUCUAGGGUCAGCUCAGACUGUGAGAUUUUUUUUUUGAGACGGUGAUGAAGGAAGGCUUCUCCUAGAUCAGCUUUUUCACUCUGCGAAACUACAGCACAUCCCGAAGGACUGGAUCUGUAGAGAGCACUAAAAUACUUCUUUACCUUCCUCUAUAGCAAGCUUUCAGAUCAUCUCACGCGGAGAACUGAUCACCUGAUGGGGUUUUCUUAUAGGAGAGGAGAGAGGGGCACAACCUAACAUUUCAGAUGUUAUAUAAUAAUUUGGAGACUGGUACAAUUAAGAUAUUUACAACUUUUAACUAAGAAGAAAUUAAAUGAAUACAUACGAACUGUAUUUUUCACACUAUGAGACUAUAAGCACACCGGAUUAUAAGACGCAAUAUGCAACACUAGUAAGGAACAGGGGUGCCGCCAUGUUUUCCUUCUAAUUCAGCAGGUCUCUCUCAUAGACUGUGUUAAGCUGGACAGAGCAUCGUCUCUCAAAAGUGAAGCCACCACAGGUCGGGCGCCCCCUGCUGCUGUUCGGCUGCAGAAAGCUGUGUAACUCCACCCAUCCCCAUAGGUUUCAAAACAGGCAAAACAGAACAACUUUCAAUCACGUUUUUUUCUAAUAUACUGUAAUUCUACCUCCAUUAUUUAAAUGCAGCAGCUAGUGUAACCUCUGAUUAUAUUGUUAAAUUUUUAUAUCCACACUGAAUUCGCUUUUUAAAACGUUAUUCAGCUCUAUUCAAAAAAGGUGUGGUUAUUGUAAAAAGAGCUGGUUAUGGGCGGGACCAAUAACAGACCGUCAGCUCCGCUCCGCCCCGCUCUGCAGCCUGUGACCUCGAGGAAUCCUUCAGGGGCGGGGUUAUUCAAAUUAGUAGGCGGUCUCUCCACAGUCUUUCUCCCUCCUCUGGUCUCUACUGCGCUCUACAGACUCAGGUUUCAGGAUCGCCAACAUGGAGGAAGAUUUUGGCUUCAUUUUCUUUGAAUGAAUGAGAACAGAGACACGGCGUCCAUCUUUUUUACAGUCUCUGGUCUCACUGCUCGAGGGCGAGAUCUGUAAAGCUAAGCUAAGCGACGUUAAAUAAACGAAAAAGUAGUUCUUAAAAAAACAUUUUCAGACUAGUCCGGCAAGUCAAACGAUCGCUGGAUGUUAAUCUACACAGAUUUCUCUUCUAAAAACUGUUUAUUUGGGGGAGUAAAAAGCGCUUCUGUUUAUUUACAGUUAGCUUAGAUUUACAGAUUUUCACAAGGCUGGAGCAUUAGCAUUAGCAGCUAACCGCUAAUACCACCUAAUUGCCAUCAGACAGUGCUGAUAGGUUGACAUUAGCUAGCAGUUUCAGUCUCAGGUAGCUUGUUUUAACACAGUAAACACGCAGAUUACAGACUAAUAUACUUAGCUCUGAACAGUGAAAGAGCUAGAGCUUAGCGGGUAAUGCUAAUGCUGCUCCAGCAGUGCUACCUGGGGUUAGAAGCAGACUACAGGCCGAUAAUACUCACCUCUGAAUUGCCAGGAUUUUAAGUGUUCCUUAUAGUGCGUAAAAUACGGUUAGUAAAUAUAUACAUAUAUUAAUAUAAUUUAUACAUAUAUUCAUGUUGCGCACUCAUCGACACCCUCAAGGAAUCAGCCGACAGGAAUGAAACUGGUGGGUAGUCACGCCACACUGUCGUGGACGGCCGAAUCCUGCAGAGUGAUUUAUUUUAAGUGUUUAUUUCUUUUAUUGUUUAAUAUUAUGAUUUAUAGCCAAUAAAAAAAAAACCCAAAAAAUCAGUGUCUCAGAAAAGUAAAUUAUUAUAUAAGACCAAUUGGUAGUUUUGGCAGUACUGUGGGCAGUGAUGGCAGCGUGCCAAGUCCUGCUGGAAAAUGAAAUCCACAUCUCCAUAAAAAGAUUUUGUGGGAAAACAAAACUGCGCUGACUUUAGACUUGAUAAUAAAACACAGUGGAUCAACAGCAGCAGAUGAUCAGCAUGUCUCUCCAAACCAUCACUGAUUGGUGGAAACUUCAUUUCCAAAUAAAAGUUCAAAUUCACUGAUGGUCAGUGAUUGUUUGGCGGUAUGAAGAUGCGGAUUUCAUUUUCCAGCAGGACUUGGCACACUGCCCACACUGCCACAAGUACUAAAUGGUCUUAUGUAAUAUUCUAUACUGGUUUUUGGGUGGGUUUUCAAUGGCUGUGAGCUUCAUAAUCAUCAACAGUAAAAUGAAUAAAUGCUUACAAUAGAUCACUCCCAUUCUGAACUGAAUUACUGAAAUAAAGUAACUUUUAAAUGCACUAUUAUAAACAUAGAAAAAACGUACAACAUAUUAACUAAUAUAUAAAAAGUCUCCAGAGGAAAUACAAGAGAGUACAGACGAUUAAAAGCCGACCAAAGAUCUUGUUAAAAUUGUUGAAAUAUAUGAAAUGCUUUAUGUUUCGCUGUUAGUUUGUGCCUGACUCUUCUCUACACAGUUAUAUAUAGAGAUGUUUGAUUAAUAAUUUUAUUAGUUCAGGGCCAGCGCCCCUUGUGGUUGGAAAGCAGUAGUUCACAGCUUACUUAGGUUGACUUUAAUCCUGAUUUCCAUGAUCUAGAACGCGCUCUAACGCAGUCAGCACAUGAAGAUCGCUAAUGUGAUCCGAUGCCGCGUGUUAGAAGUCUAACAAACCUCAAACCAAACCCUCUCAGCUCUGAGCUGUGGAGCGGAGGAUCUGUGCUCUCUGGAAUGAUGGCGCUCCAUCCCGUGCUUCUGGAUCGGAUGUGCCGGAAUGGGUUGGGUUUGAGUAGAAACAGCUGUCCCGUUACUUUUGUCCACAUGAUGAAUCAUGGCUUAAUACGAUUUUAACCCUUUCAGACCUUCAGUGUCAGUUACAACAAUCGACAUUUUUUUUUCUUCAUUGUUUUGUUGUAUUGUCAAGAAAAAAAUACCAUAAAAUAUUGGGAUAUUAUUUUCACCAUAUCGCCCACCCUUAGUCAGCACUACAGAUUUAUUUUUGUGAUUUAAAACACAUUUUAUUGUGUUUAGGAAUAAAACUAAUAAAUGUAUUUAAUUGGAUUUAUUUUAAUAUACACUUUAAAUAAGGAUUUGGAUCGUAGUGUCUUAUUUUGUGUGCAUUACAAAAAAAAAAAACAGCAUUCUCAUAUUUUUGUUUUCCAUAACUAGAACAUAAUUCAGGUCUGAAAGGGUUAAUCUAUUGAUUUGAGUCAAUAGAGCAUUUGAAGACAGAACAAGAGUAAUCCAGUGCUGUGAUUGGCUGGAUCACUGAUAACACAUUGAAACAUUGCAUACGGUGUCCAGUAGAGGGCAUGAAUGUAUUAAUAUUAAUAAACGGUGUAUGAAUGUAUCUCUAACUCUUAAUGAAUGUAAAGGCAAAAGUGCCAAAUCCUGGUGCUGGAGUCCAGCAGAGUACGGGAAUCUACCUGCUCACACCUUAUUUACACACAGAUAAGUAAUAGAGGUCGAAAAAACUAAGAAUCUUCAGGCUAUUCCAAUGUUAAGCGCAUAUUUUUUGGAAUAUCAACUGUUUUUAUAACGGUUUCUCUAGUUAAAAGUUAAAAAAAAGCUAAUUUUAAGCUGAUCUUAUUAAGAUUUAUAUUUGUGAAGGCAGCAGAGCGGGGAGAUCACCAAUCCUCUGGACUAGAGCUCAGCACUCUUCAGCUACGGUUUGUAAAAGUAUGGCUUACACUUUGUGUUCUUUUCUAUUUUCUGAAUCACUUAUGAUCCAAAAAUAAACGUUUCUGCCGCUUGGCUCUGAACUGUACAUGAAAGAUGUAGAACUGCAUAUAAUAAAAAAAAAAGCAAGAGAUAUAUUCAUGUUAAAUAUUCUGUAUUUUCUGUGCAAAGAAGAUAUUUAAAUAAAUUAAGAACAAUUAAUUCUAAUAA